GAAAAAUAAAGUAGCGGCAUUAAAGCAUGAUUCACUUCUUCCACCCUUCGAUGAGUGGACGGUCAAACGUUGCUGCAAAUGUGACACUGUUGCUGAAUGGGCGUGUUUUUGACGCCGUGAUUCACCUCCUGGUCACGUCGCUUGCUGACCUGCGUCCCCCGAAUUAUCUUUGGCCGUGUGGCCUGGUAUUUUUGUAAAUAUCUUUGGUGUCGGGUGUUGGGUAUUCAGCACCAGCAUUGCUGUGUCAACCGUUCCGUCCCGACUUUGUGUACAAGCCGUGAUAAAAACUAGCAGGGCGGGGUUUUUCGUCGUCAAGCUUCGCGGAUGCCGCGUGGACUUGUGUCACCAACCGGUGAGUCGAAGGAAAUUGUCAUCUGCUGUUCUCUGACACUGUUUUGCAACUUUUGUUGAUCAUUCAGUUCUCAUCAUCGAGGGAGAUUUGUUCCAGCGCUUUGAAUCUGAAGUGGGACACGUGGUUGGUCUUUUCGAGUUUAUCGAACAGAACGGAUUACAGUGAGCGCCCUGCCAGCCUGGUUGCAGAUGGGCGCUCGUUUUCUUAAGAUCAUGGUAACGGGAAAGCUUAUGCUGAGUGAAUAAUUCGCCUAUCGGUGGAUGACUCCGUGACAUUCUUGGGACUAGUGUCCCUUUUGUCCUCAGGUGUUCGACUUAAAGUGUAGAGCGCUGUUGCAGAGAAAGCUCCUUCCUCUGGAAGCACAGCCGCGCGUGUUGCGGGUAGAUGCCGAACUCCCGUGUGACUUUCUCGCCGUGAAAAACACCAACCAGUCGAAUACUGUUUGGAGCAACCUGUGACAACCUAAUAUCGGCAAUUGAACCGGGCAGCUCUAGACACAGUUACUUUUUUUGGUAUCCCUCCCCUUCAUCUGUCUCGGAGUUUCGGGUUCUCUGUUGUUCUUGGGGAGCUUCGAUUAGUCUGUAAAUCGCUUUUCUGGCUAGCAUCACCUUCGACAGUUUUCCACUUUAGGGCACCAUGUCGCUCCCUCGAGUCCAAGUCGUCAUACACCGGGGAAUCGACUUGCCCGCCAUGGAUUCCGGAAAGUCCUCUGAUCCGUACAUCAAAUUCGAGUACAGAGGCACUCAAUACCGUACAGAGACGGUGAAGAAAUCUGUGAAUCCGGUGUGGAACCAGCAGUUCACGUUUGUGUAUGACAAGGCAUUCGGGCCGCACACGUUGACUCUUGAGCUGUGGGAUGCAAAUGUCUUGCUGAAAGACAAGAAAAUGGGAUUUGUGACAAUCAAUCUUCAAACUCUUGAGGAAAACAAAGUGCAAAACAAAUAUUAUCCCCUCGAAGAUGCUGCUUUGGCGAAGAUAGGUGGCGCCCUUCAGAUCGAACUUCGCCUGCUGCCACCCCAUAGUGAGAUGAAGUAUUCGAGUGGGAGUGGACAGCAAAAAGUUGUCGUUUUGACCGCCGAGCAAGCAAGAGCAGCAGCUCAAGGUCGGCUUCUAAUUCCGGCAAACCAGACGCACGUCGGAUUCGUGUCCGGCGCUUCCCCGUCGUACAGGUGCCCUCUCGCUGAGCCGGCUCCCGCAUAUGGCGUGGGCAUGCCACAUGUGAUGCCUCCGCUUGUUCCCUACGCGGCGUACCCACAGUAUCCAAUUCAAGCCAGUUGUCCACCACCAGUGCCUCCCCCUCAACCCAUCCCUUUUUCAGGGAGUUGCGUGCCUGCUCCUCCGCCCCAGGGGGGCUCUCCGUCGUGGCUGUGGCAAGCGCCGAGGCAAGGCUCUGCACCUGGACCCUAUUCACAUCCACCACCUCAAUCUCCUGCUACUUCUGGAUUUCCUGUGCCCUCGCAGUUUGUGGGAAAUCCUGCUGUUGUUGGUGGACCGGACGCCACGCAAGUGGGUCACAAAGCAGGAAAGAACUCAGACAGCAGCUCGAGCGAUAACGGUUCGUCGUCUGAGGGUGAGGCGAAGAAGACACAGAAGGGAGCGAAGAAGGACCGAUCCAAAAAGAAGCCAGCCGAGUCCAUUCUUAUUAUGGAAAUCAAGGACAUUGUUCCCUCAGCUACCUACGGAGAAAUAGCCAAAGCACUGGUCGCCCACAACAAUGACAAGGACUUAGCUUUGAAACAGCUUGUCGCCAACCUCAGCACAAACGAGCAGGGAAAUAUAUAGACGCCUAGAGUUAAAUAUGUACUAAGUCCGAUAUUAUCUGCCCUGCAAAUAUCUGUCACGGUUGCUCUUCUUUUGUCGUUUGUGAAUCACUGUGGAAUCUGGGGUUUAAUUUCAUUCAUCCGAAUCUGGUUUGUGUUCUGCUCCUCUAUUCACAAACCAAGUGCCAUUCAAAAGAAAAGGCUCUGCUUGAGAAUGCAUUUAAGUUGUGUCUACCGACACAACCUUGAAUGCAGUGACAACACAAGUCUAUGCGUUGGAGCCCUCAAAUUGUGGAACUCUUCGGCACGUAGCCAUCCAGUGGUCCUUAUAGAACUGUGUCCGUUUUGUGGCGUUUCAUGCCCCAGCAAAAAAAGUAUUCCAGGCUGUAUCAUCCGUGCCUUUGGAAGAAUGUAUCAAUCACAUAUCGUUAAUGUAUGGUUCUGCUUCCUGUUUCGCGCCGGGCAGGUCCAGCUAGAUUGGAGGCGGUUAUAUCCGCUGAAAAGAAUUUAGACUAUGAGAGUUCUUGUUUCCGUACGUGCGUGCAACUAGUGAUUCAAACCUUCCUACCAUAACAACGGUAAUACUUGCUAGAAUCUGGCUGAUACGCAGUACCGGGUAUCGCAUAGUUUGAAGGCAGAGCAACUGUCCUACGCUUGUUUAUAGAUGGACGGGAAAGAUACCGCGGAUUCCACCCAUAGGAGAACCUGCGUUACAGAACCCGGGAAAUUCGCAGACAACUGCCUGUACUCUCUGAUGACGACGUUCACAGCGCACAGCACAAGAAGUGACGUCGUUCCUCAGUGGAGUACACGAAUUGCCGGACACUGGAAUAGUCUAGUUGACAGUCCUGCAAGCAGCCUCCUCAUUGCUGCAGCCGUCCUGAUUUCUAUGUCUUCUUCACCGGUGUUCUCUUUCUUUGCCACGUGGUAGGUAACGCAUAUAAAACAUACUUUUCGCCAAAAAGCUGCGCAUGCAAGGUGCCGACAGCGC